ACUGGCAUGGCGGAACACAGAGCAGGAAUUCCGCGUAUGCGCUGAUGACAGCGUCGUUGGUUUGGCAACGUCGAUGAUGACCAUCCUCUGGCAAUACACAUCUGUUGCCCUGCGACAAGCGGCGACCCCUGAAGUCAAGUAACCAGCUGCGAGCAACUUGGCAGUAGUGUAUCCCCCGCCGCACAGCUGUUUAGGGUUGUGUCCGACUUGACAGACGGUGGAUGAAUCCAUAUGUUUGCCCUGAUGCUCUGAGUUGGGCCGGUGCCUUUUCUCCACCUGGGAUUAACUAAAAUAUCUUUUUGUUACUGAAGAGAGAGAAUAAGAUUAUGGAUUCGUUCGGGGUGCUGCAUUUGGACGAGCUGUCCCACGGACUGGCAAACUUGUCCAUGUUUCCAUACUUUGACAUGGCGCACUAUAUCGUGUCUAUCGUGGCUCUGAGGGAGCAGCCAGGAGCUCUUGAGGUGUCCAGAGUCAGCCCUCUUGCCUGUUGGUUCAGCUCCAUGCUCUUCUGUUUUGGCGGAGCUGUUCUGUCUGGGGUCAUGUUGGCUGAACCACUUGUAGCACCUCUGGCCAACAGCACCAGUGUUCUUCUUGCUUCGAUCAUCUGGUACCUAGUAUUUUACUGUCCUAUGGACCUGGUGUACUGUUGUGCCGCCCUGCUGCCUCUCCGGCUGGUGCUGUCAGGAAUGAAGGAAGUGACCAGGACUUGGAAGGUGCUUGGAGGAGUCACACAGGCUCACAGCAAAUACAAGGACAGCCUGCUGGUCAUGAUUGCUGUUGGGUGGGCUAAAGGUGCUGGAGCUGGUCUGAUACGUAAUUUUGAGCAGCUUGUUCGAGGAGUAUGGACACCAGAGACUAAUGAGCUCCUCAAAAUGUCUUACCCCACCAAGAUCACCCUGAUAGGGGCGGUGCUGUUUACUCUGCAGCAGACCCACUACCUACCUCUCCAGAAGCACCACCUGAUGCUCAUCUACACCGUCUUUAUUGUGGCCAACAAGUCAAGGAUGAUCCUGACAGGCUCCUCUGCCUCACCAUUCGCCACUAUCGAGUCGGCCAUCUACAAGACCCUCUUCACUGGCUUCUCCUCUUAUGCCGCUCUCACCGGCGAGGUAAAGAAAGCAUGUAUCGAUAAUGGCACAACUGACAGGGCAACCUCCCCUGCCACAACCAAAGAGUCCAGUGAGAACGGAGCAGCAGGGAAUCACACAAGUGAAGCGCUCAGGGCUAAAGAGGAGUCGGAGAACACAGAGACGGAAAACUGCAAGAAGACCAACUAGUCAGCCUCUGCCCCAUAGCGCCUUCUCACCUAUACGCUGGGUUGUGGAGUCACUUCUGAUUCAGAUUUGUCAUAUCACUACUUAAACUUUAUUUUCUAUAUUUCAUUUAUGAUGUAAUACUUUUUGUACCAUCUCUUUUGCAUUUCUUAGAAGGCAAAUUACUGCAUACUGAAAUAGAACUUCAUUAAGAGGUGACUCCAACCAACCCUGCACCUUAUUCUGGGAUAAUCCCCCCAUAGUACUGUAAUAUUGAUGCUGUUGAAUGUGCAUAUCACACAAUCCUUGGGCUGAUUGUCCGUGCGAAUUCUCAAUCAUCCAGGUCAUAGUAUGCUGAAAAAACUUAGAAGAAGGCAUCUGGACAUAAUCUUCUACUUAAAACUACGUCCAGAUCCCUUCCGCUACGUCGUAUUUCCAGCCUUGGGCUGAUUACACACUUGCAGUACAAUGUGUAGCUUAAUUUUUAAUUUAUAUUUAUGAUGGGGACAGACAUUUUAUCUCUGGGUUUCUGGAACAGUGCUGUGCACCUGCUGAUUUGUCUAUGUCUCUGUCUUUCUUUCUGUUUAGAUUCUGCACAUGUAAAUGCUAUAUUUCCUACUCUGAUAUGCUUAGAGAGAUUUUUUAAAAAGAGAUUAUAUUCUAUGACACAGAUAUUUUACUCUAUUUAUGCUAAACAAGUGCACUCUUGAGUGUAUGACAUUUUGAAAUGGAAGACAGCGUUUAUAUAGUGUUCUGUUUCUUUGGUGAGUGCUUUGAAUUACAACUGAAAGCAUGAGAAUA